GACAUGGAGGCCAAACAACACUCGAUUAAAAGCUUGAAAAGCUACCCCGAGGCCGGUGGCCGGAGUCUAGCGGCGGCCGCAGGUGGAGACGUUGGCACGGGAGGCGGAGGAGGAGGCUACCGUGUUGUCACGGCGGAGAUGGAGAUGGAGACCAAAAUACAGAAAGCCAUUGACUUCAAAGUGGAGGGCCACCGUUGUUACAAAGAAAAGAAAUUUCGGGAAGCCAUCGGGAAGUACCACAGGGCUUUGCUUCAGUUAAAAGGAGUGCAUCUUGUCGAUGGGACCACGGGCUCCGAGGUUAGUCUGCUGAGCCAAGCCGCAGCCAAGCUAACAGAGGAGCAGCGGAAAACCGUGGAAAGCACGGAGAUCGAAUGCUACGACAGCCUGACAGCCUGCCUGCUGCAGUCGGAGCUGGUGAACUACGAGCGUGUGAAGGAGUACUGUCUUAAGGUGCUUGGUCACCAGCAGGACCACUUCAAGGCCAUGUAUCGCGCCGGUAUUGCCUUCUACCACCUGGGCGACUACGAAUGUGCCCUACGCUACUUGCGCGACGCCAAGUGCCGUGAGCCGUCAGACACAAAUGUCCUGCGCUACAUCCAGCUGACGGAGAUGAAGAUGAGCAAGAGUGGCCAGAGGGGAGGAGACAUGUGCGGCAAGGAGGUGUUGGGCUAGCCAGCCAGCACGCGUGGCA